CGUGAGCGUAUGCGCAAAUGGAUGUCGGUGUUUAUGGGAUGGAUGCCCAAGGCUGGCUAUGGCGCAGGCAACGAAGACAAGUGGGCGGAGGCCGGGUCCCAGCCAUCUAUGCUGGCGGAUCUGGAGAACAAGGGUGAUUUUGACGAAGGUGAUUUGACGAGGGUGAUAGCGUGGGCGGCGAAACGCAGUCGGCGGUGGGCUCGGCCCAGAGUCGUUCAUUGAUGCGGCGCAGUCCAGUAUCUACUAUUUCCAAGAAUUCCCGGACAGCCGUUCCCUCGACGGCCACCAGGGCAGCCGCCUGGACCUGAUGCACUUUGUCACCGGCUCCUCCGGCCACAUCCUCCGUGCCCUCCCCACUGCCCAUGUCUCACACAAGGGCCUGAGCUGGCUCGACAACCACCGCAUCGAAGUACGGCUGCGCCGCACUCCCCAGGGCUUCAUCAAAGUGGCUAUCCAGACCAUCUCCCUCCUACACCCGUCGGCCGCCAUUUCAAUUAGCGCGCUGAGCGGCUCGAGUUCGCAGCUGGCGUGGAUCGCACCAACCCCUGAGUCGCCGUCCUUCACCAUGGCCCCAGGCCAAAAGAAACCCGCGCCAUUGGAUAUACCCGGCUUGUUCUACGCGCAACACGACACGUCGACGCAGCCGGCCGGCCUCGUAACACAGCGCACACAGGAUUUUGCCUCGUUCCAUCCAAGCCUGCGGAUUUCCGCACACGCAGACCUCACCAGCGCACACUUGAGCUCCGGCACCUGCCGCAUUGAGCUUCUGGUAUUUCUCCCACCAACGUACUUUUUCGACCCGUACCAGCUUCAAGAGGUGCGUGGGCAGUUGGGUAUGGGAUAUCUUCAUUUUGGGCCGGUUGAGCUGGAGAAGCCCGCGGAGUCCAUGCCUAAUUGGGGCAGCGUACUUGUGGUCUCACAGUACCCGCGGCUCACAGACCUUAAUGCUGUUAUACCCGUGCAUGCGCGAUACCGCCUACCUCCUGUUCACCGCGUGCGCACUGUCGGGUACAAUGGUGAGCCCUCGGGUAAUACCCAUGUGGACACUACCCUGCUGCCGGCAAUAGCCGCUAUUGUGUGUCCGGCUGUGGAGACCGCUGAGGGGAGGAGUGGGAACCGGAUGUUGGAUAAUCUAAGAGUUCGUCUGGUGCUAUUUGAUGAACUCGGGAUGACUCCGGUUGGCGCAUUGGAGAUUGCGCAGGAUACGGAUACUCUGUUGAGAAUGCCCGUUGGUGACGCUGAGUAUGUUGCGCUGAUCCACGCAAUGACCCUGGUGGCGUUGUUUGCCGGAACGGUGUUCAUUGUAGGUGCUGUGCGUAGGAAGAGUUUGCAGCAGAUGGAUAGUGGCAGUGAAAGCGUCGCCAAGGACGAAUCGGAAAACUAGAACAGAUGAGGCAGUGGAAGCGUGGGCAAGGACCAAGCAGAGCUCUAGACUGUUGAAUGGCUUGUGCUUCUGGGACUUUAAAGAUUUAAUGUAAGAAAUUAAUAAUAAUAAUAAAAAACAACUGUUUUU